UUGUUUGCGCGUACUAACGCGUAGGGCUGUUUGGCGUUUGGUGGGGCAGCUCAUCGCGGGUUUCGUCCCACCACCAACCUCGUCGCACACCGUCGCAAUCAUGUCCACCUUCGACAAGCUAUUCGCAAAAGGCAAGCAAAAGGCCAAAGAGCUUCAGAAACAGUACGAACAGCGACAGUCGGGUCAACAGCAAGGCCAACCUCCCCAGAACUACCCCGGACAACAAUCAUACCCACCCCAGAACCAAGCACCAUACCCGGGCAACCAGCACCCGCCGCAGCAAUACGCACCGCCAAAUCAAUACCAGCAGCCGCCUCAGCAACAAAGCGGCGGUAUCACUCCACACCAGUACUCGCACAAUCAAUGGCAUCCUGCAGGUCAGCAGCAGCAACAGCAAUGGGGUGCGCCUCCCCAACAAAACAACGCAUUUGCACCGCCCAUCCCACAGUCCAGUAAACCACAAUCGCGGCCCGUCCCCCAGAACCGCCCUAUGUCCUCACAGCCCCCGCCGCCGCAGAACCUGGCCCCAUCACAGGGCGAGAAAGUGUACUGGAAGCCUUCCUUUGCCGCUUCGACCCCCGUAUCUCAAAACUUUCGCCACGAAACCGGUGACCAUGGUUGGGGCAACAACGAGAAGCAAAUGUACACAGACCAGGCCACCAACUCGUUCCACCACGACAAUCGCCUUAUUGUGCGCGCGCUGGUGCAAAACGGAAGCUACACUUCUGCACGUUUGACGUCCUUCCAGACACUCUCGCGUCCGAGAGGGUACUUGACCGCGACCAUUCUGCCGCCCGUUGCCGAGGGCAUCUGGCCUGCGUAUUGGAUGUUGCCAGCGGAUCCGUUUGUGUGGCCCAAGGACGGCGAGGUGGAUAUAUUCGAGAGCUGGAACGGGGAUUGUAUGAACCACUCCUGCUUGCACUGGGGACACUUCAACGGCGAGGAUCACGACAAGCACCGUGUGGCUGAAACACAUCUACCUAACAUGGCCAGGGAACCCCACACAUUUGGCUUCGCGUGGAUAGAAGAAGACGGCAUCCCAGAUUGGCGGGGCAGGAUGGUCUGGUACAUUGACGGUCAGCCGGUGAUGAAGGCGAAUAUCCCCGUGGGAACGCGCAGGAUGGAGGAUUAUCGCCUGCUGAUCAAUAUUGCCAUGGGUGGUAACGUAUGCCAGGGGAAGCUUCCCAAGGACGGAUACUACGACAUGAUUGUUAGCGAAGUCAAAAUGUGCGAGGAGCCCGAGGGUGGAUGGCAGCAGUUUGAGCAUGCAUGGAGUAAUGCGCGUGAGGGGAAGGCUAACUAAGGACCUUCUCGAUGAGUAGAUGCCACGGCGCUGUAUUCAGUCUUGCAUGUAUGCAAGAUCAUUUCACCUUUUUCUCUGUUUACUGAUCUUUGAAUUGUGUAUUUCCUCGUGGGUUCUCUUGCAUUGCGCAAAUCACGCAUGAGCUUGCGUUCCCUAUGUUAAACCACUUCUCAUUUAUCUUGGUUUUUCAUCAAGUGUCACCACACGUUUCCUCAGCCGCGCUUCAUCAUC